AGCGAGGGCGGAGGGUGUGUGUGCGCGCGUGUGAGCAGGGCGCCGGCGGGGCUGCAGCGAGGCACUUCGGAAGAAUGACUCUGGAGUCCAUCAUGGCGUGCUGCCUGAGCGAGGAGGCCAAGGAAGCCCGGAGGAUCAACGACGAGAUCGAGCGGCAGCUGCGCAGGGACAAGCGCGACGCCCGCCGGGAGCUCAAGCUGCUGCUGCUGGGGACAGGAGAGAGUGGCAAGAGCACCUUCAUCAAGCAGAUGAGGAUCAUCCAUGGGUCAGGAUACUCUGAUGAAGACAAGAGGGGCUUUACCAAACUGGUCUAUCAGAACAUCUUCACAGCCAUGCAGGCCAUGAUCAGAGCUAUGGACACUCUCAAGAUACCGUACAAGUAUGAACACAAUAAGGCUCAUGCACAAUUAGUCCGAGAGGUUGACGUGGAGAAGGUGUCUGCUUUUGAGAAUCCAUAUGUAGAUGCAAUAAAGAGCUUGUGGAAUGAUCCUGGAAUCCAGGAGUGCUAUGAUAGACGACGAGAAUAUCAGUUAUCUGACUCCACCAAAUACUAUCUGAAUGACUUGGACCGUGUAGCCGACCCUUCCUAUCUGCCUACACAGCAAGAUGUGCUUAGAGUUCGAGUCCCCACCACAGGAAUCAUCGAAUACCCCUUUGACUUACAAAGUGUCAUUUUCAGAAUGGUCGAUGUAGGGGGCCAAAGGUCAGAGAGAAGAAAAUGGAUACACUGCUUUGAAAAUGUAACCUCGAUCAUGUUUCUAGUAGCGCUUAGCGAAUACGAUCAAGUUCUUGUGGAGUCAGACAAUGAGAACCGAAUGGAGGAGAGCAAAGCACUCUUUAGAACAAUUAUCACAUAUCCUUGGUUCCAGAACUCCUCUGUUAUUCUGUUCUUAAACAAGAAAGAUCUUCUAGAGGAAAAAAUUAUGUAUUCCCACCUAGUCGACUACUUCCCAGAAUAUGAUGGACCCCAGAGAGAUGCCCAGGCCGCUCGAGAAUUCAUCCUGAAGAUGUUCGUGGACCUGAACCCUGACAGUGACAAGAUUAUCUACUCCCACUUCACAUGCGCCACAGAUACCGAGAACAUCCGCUUCGUCUUCGCUGCGGUCAAGGACACCAUCCUGCAGCUGAACCUGAAGGAGUACAAUCUGGUCUAACCGUGCCUCCCAGAAACCAUUCUUCCCUUCCCCGUGGGCUGUUGAAGAUAACCAAGAAGGACUGUAUUCUGUGGGAAACAAUUUGCAUAAUACUAAUUUAUUGCCGUCCUGGACUCUGUGAGCGUGUCCACAGAGCUGUAGUAAAUAUUAUGAUUUUAUUUAAACUAUUCGGAGGAAACAGAAUGCUGAAGUACAGUCCCAGCACAUUUCCUCUCUUGUUUUUAGGCAGACCUUGAGACCGGUGUAUUUGAAAUUUUCAGUCAUUCACUCACAGUAUAAAAGCACUCCUGUCACAUGUUCUCUCUCUCUCUCUCUCUCUCUCUCCCCCCCCCCAUUCCUUUCUUUCUUCCUCCUCCUCUUUUCUAUUGACCAAAAACAAAGCCGAUGUUCCGAACUUCUUCCUGUUCCAUCCUCCCUCUGAUUUUACUUUCUCUCAUAUUAUAAUGGCCUUUACCCUAGUUCCAUUCUUGGUCAAGUUUCUUUCUCGAGUGAUGCAGUCAGGACAGUGUCAUUCGAUUGCAGUCAUCUUACAUCAGCUUCAUUUAAUAGUGGUUCUGCUGAAGGCGUGUAUGUAUUAAUUACCACUAUGGUUUUAAAUGUAUCUCUCUGGAUGCACAUCACAUCUAGUAUUCCCUUUUCAAUACAUACAUAUAUAUGUAUGUAUAAUAAAUAUAUAUAUAUAUAUAUUGUCUUGUCUCACCUGGACUAGGACAGUGGUGCCCAUUGGUGGUUAAGAGUCAUAUAUUUUAGGUGCAGACCUUCAGCCGCAGCUGGAUUGUUGAGAGAAAUGUAUGGAAGUCAGGGUGUGUGGGUACAGGCUGGGAAGGAGUCCAUGCUUCUACAAUCCAUGUGCCAUGUCCUUCCUGUCUCUUCCUUGCUCCCUUUUGUUUCACUUUAGGUUUUUCACCCUCUGUAAACCACAGAUGCCAAAUGAUAUGCCAACAGACACUACAUUCCCCGGCAGCCGCUGCCAGAGCCCUCCUCCAGCUCCUCAUUUGGUUUGUUUUUAGCUUUCCUUCCCUCUUGCCCCACUUUGUGUUUGGGCCAUAAUUUUAAAAUAAUUUUUGCUAUGUAUAUAUGUUGCCAAAGCCAGAUUUUUAUAAGACAAAAUAAAUUAAGAAUUUCAAGAGUAUCAAAAUGUAAGCAUUAAGACCGCACAGUGAGAGGACAGCGUGCUAUGAACCAGAAACACACAUUGCCAAACAGUUGCUAACUCUGAACUGCUUCUCAUGGUCCGUUCUUUUCUUUGUCCUUAAGGUCGGUGCCAGUGUCCAGAUGAGCAGUGCAGAAACUACUCCUUGUGGUUUGUCAUGAGAUCUGUUCAUAUCUCCUUACUGGCACCAGUAUUAUUAGCUCUUUAUGUUCUUUCAGUUCAAGUGAGUCUGCCAGGAACACUGGUUGACAGCAUUAUCCCCUAACCUUUGAUUUGGGGGAAAAAGUGAGCUUGUUUUACCAUUUCACGAUCUUCUUGAACUGGUCGCUUGAACGCAAGGAAGAUUUGUUCAAAAGUCACCAGUCAGUGUUCUGUCAAGCAUGUAUUUAUGUAAUGAUCAUACUAGGAGAGAUGUUUGCAGUUCUCCAUGUGCAAUUUGUCAGCAGAUGCAAACAGUGCUGAACGCGUGUGAAUGAGCCUGUCAAGCAGCCCACGUUGCUGUGUGAUUUAAGUAGAUUGUGAUUGCUCUGAGGCUGCCAGGAAGUUAGACCACAAUGCUGGUCUCAUUAGUGCUUGGCACUAGUCUAAACUUCCGUUUCAAUCACUUUUCUUGAAUAACAAAGAGGAGAGAGAGUGAACAGCUUACUGUAUGAGCACUGAAAUUGCUGACUCGUAAUGAAGUGUUCUCAUGUUUUACUCUCCUGGCCCCAAACAACACAGCUUACUUUUUUAUCCCUUGCUCUAGAAAGCACCUGUAAUUUAACAGACUGCCUGUAGGAAUAGUGCAAUUAUGAAUGUUCUGAUUGUUGUACAUACAUCUCUCUUGAUAUUGCAGCAUCCAUACUGGUAAUCAUUAAUUUUUUUGGCAGAUUGAAUGUGCUGUAUUGAUAUGUAUCUAUGUAAUUGUAUUGUAUGUCUUGUGGCUAAUUCACAUUUUGAAUAAUGUUAUUUUAUUUACUUUUUUUAAGGGAGGAGAAUGUAAAUUUGUCAGUUUAUUUCUGACUAGGGAUAUUUUUUUCCAUUUAGAAAAGAAGAAAAAAAAAAAACCCUUACUAUCGUACAGAGCGGUACUAGCAUCGUGCUGUCUAAAAUCAUUUGCACAUUCCCGAGUAGAGGUGUGCUGACCUAAGACCCAAAGGUAAUUUCAUAGCAAAUACACAACAUCCGUCGGAGCUUUUAUACAAACACGGAGACCAACUUUGUAGACCUUUUGCCAUUUGACCUGGGGUUGGAAUAUGAGCUUUUAUACGAUUCAUAUUCUUAUUUGGCAAAUGCACAGUUUAGCAUUACCUCUCUGGUGGCCUUUAUUAGAAAGGCAGUUUUAGAAGCUAUUGUUAUCCACUAAGGAGAUGUUUUAUCAGCUAGAGACCACUGCUUGCCUGAAAGGGCAACCUUAAAUUUGGUGCAGCAAAAAAACAAAAAACAAAACAAAAAAAAAAAGAAAAAAAGAAAAGACAAAAAAAAAGAAAAAAAGUAACAUUUGAUGGCCUACGGUGUAGAGUGGACCUCAUCACAGGAUCGCAAGUGUUAGCAGUCCUAGGGAACCAUGCUAUUCUAUUUAACAGAGCCGUAGUAGAUGUAGUUGAGUCCACCUGAUCUCAAGCUCAGAGCUGCAGAGCAAAGCAGGGAAAGGUCGCCGCCACAUUGUCUUUGGGAAUUGGGGAUGGAACUUGCUAUGCAGAAUUGAAGUUUGUGGCUUCACUGCUCAUCCUGGGGCGCAUGACAGGAUCCCUUCUUUUGAGAAAGGAAAACAUUGAUCACCCUAGCUGCAGUGAUGCCUCGUCGCCUAAUUGUAUCCACACUAGUCAAUGAAGCUAAAAACAAUUUUUGUUGUUGUUUCUUGUUUGGGGUUUUAUUGAAGGGGUGAGGGGCGGGAAGGGCUUCUCAGUUUUGUACAAAAACAAAGUUUACUCUCGCUCUCUGUUCUAUUGUGAUUGCAAGCGCUUUAAAGCUGUACCACUGACUCCUGUUGUUGAUGCUCUAGAUAAUGAAGGCUUGUGGUGAGUUUGAUGGUGACUUGGGCAUGUCUUAUUCAGAAGCAAACACGGAACACAGAAACCUUUCCUCAGCAUACCAAGGCAAGCAGCCAUCUCAUGAGUCACUCAGCACAUCACAGUGUGCCGUUUACAGAUGAUGUCUCCCCUUUGUGUGUGAUGCGGCAGCUCCCACCCACAGAGAAUUCCUAUUUGUAAAUUGGAGGUUUAUAUUAUGCCUUACAGAGCUUAAUUAAGAAGUCUGUGCCUCAUAUCUGAAACAAAGGGAAAAAACACGCCCGUGCAAAAGUCAGUAAGUCCCAUAGACUGUUGGAUUUUCCUUACUAUUUCCUUAGGAAGAGCUCUGUUGAAUGUCCUGAGUAGCUGGGAAAUUCUUCUUAGGAACUUGCAUAUGUUGUUUACUGGCAGGAGGCAUCCACAGGCGAUAUUUCAAAAACACCUGGAACGUGGGGGCUUGGGGGUUUUGUUUUUGUUUCAUUUAAUUUAGAUUACAUUAGCAGGCCUAAUAGUUUUAAAAGGUAAUUCAGCCAAAGGGCAAUUUACUUUUUGUACUUCAGACUUAUAUUGAUUGUCAAGUUGUACGAAUUGUAAUUUAAACAUUUAUACUGCCACAUGAUUGUAAAUUUUAGUUGUCUUAAGUGGGAUUUGGUGAAAAGCUGUUUAUGCUGGAUUUGGGUCAAAAUGACUUGAUUAUUUGCAAAAAAAAUAAAAAUAAUAACGGGAAGAAAGGGCUGCAUAAUAAGAUACUGCAAGACUCAGAUCUUGGUUGGAAAUUCCUCAGAUCCCUUCAGAUGAACCCUGAUGCCCCUUUGUUUUUAGUUUCUCAGAACGAAUGAAGUGAAAUAUAGCAGAAUGUUAACCCAUAUAAAAAUAAAGUGUACCCAAAUAUUGUAA